AAUGGUAGGAAAGAAAGGGACGGGAUGGGCUUCAACGGGGUUCCCAAAUAUGGUCUACACUUUCCUUUUCUCCCAAUUUCCCUCUACGUAAACCCUAGAAAAACCCUUUUUCUUUCCCUUCACUCCUCCAUUCUUCUCACUCUCACCUUCCUCAACCAUUCCUAAAUCCAUCCAUCUCCUCUCAUUAUUGCUUCCACACCUUGUUUGAUUUUCUACUUUCUUCUCUCUUGUAUUUCCCUUUUAAACUUUCUUCUAUGGAAUCCUCCGUCAUUGCCCUUGAGCGCAUUCUUUCCUAUAACUUUAACAACAAGAGUCUCUUAGAAGAAGCCCUCACUCACCCCUCUUACUCUGCCUCUGCCUCCUAUGAGCGUCUUGAGUUUGUCGGCGAUUCAGCUAUUGGCCUUGCUGUUACUAAUUACUUUUCUCGCUUCUCCCACCUCCAUCAAGGCCAUCUCUCUUUACUUAGAGCUGCUAAUGUUAGCACUGAGAAGCUUGCUCGUGUUGCAGUCACCCAUGGAUUGUAUAACUAUGUUAGGCGCGAUUCACCUGCUAUGGAUGAUAAGGUUAAAGAGUUUGUUGAUUCUGUUGCCCUAGAAGGUAGCUCCGUUCCUUAUGGUGGGAUGAUGAAGGCUCCUAAAGUUCUUGCUGACAUUGUGGAAUCAGUGGCUGGUGCUGUCUAUGUAGAUGUUAAUUUUGAUCUUCAAAAACUAUGGGUGAUUAUUAGGGGUUUGCUAGAGCCUAUCUAUACUCUUGAAGAGUUACAAGUAGAGCCCCAACCUGUAACUGUACUCUUUCAAGUUUGCCAAAGAAAUGGAAAGCAGGUUGAUAUUAAGCAUUGGAAAAACGGAUCCAAUAGCAUCGCGAGUGUCUAUGUUGAUGGUAAAUUUGUUGCUUCCGGCUCUUCAAUGCAAAAAGAAAUCGCAAGGCUCAAUGCUGCCAGAGAAGCUCUCAUCAAAUUGUCGGAUUCUAUGGAUACCAGAAUUAAAACAUUUGUAACUAUUGAUGGUAUCGAUGAAUCGUUUGAGAUUGAAGGGGCAAAGCAAAAGCUACAUGAUGUUUGUUGCAAGAGAAAGUGGCAGAAACCAAAUUACAGUGUGGAGAAAGAUCUAGGACCUUCACAUGAAAGGAUAUUUGUUUGCUCGGUUAAAAUUGCCACUUGUUAUGGUACGUUCUAUAUUGUGGGAGAUGAGAAAUCAAGAGUAAAAGAUGCAGAGAACUCGGCAGCCUCAUUGAUGAUUCGUGCUUUACAGGAAAGAAAGCAUCUCAGAGAAUCCUCCAUGAUAGCAUUCUUUUUUCUUUUCCUUUCUUUUCUUUCUUUUUUUUUUUUAUUGAGGAACUCCAUGACACCAAUUGAGCGCAUACUAUCUUAUAAGUUUAAGAACAAGAAGCUGUUGGAAGAAGCCCUCACCCACUCCUCCUACCUCAACUCUCCCUCCUAUGACCGCCUCGAGUUCAUCGGAGAUUCAGCUAUUGGCCUCGCUAUUUCCACUUACUUUUUUCCCCUUUAUCCGGACCUCAAUCAAGGCCAACUCACUUUACUUAGAGCUGCUAACGUUAGCACCGAGAAGCUUGCUCGUGUUGCAGUCCUCCAUAGAUUGUAUAGUUAUGUUAGACGCAACGCAGACGAUCUUGAUGAUAAUGUUAGAGAGUUUGCCGAUGCCGUCGCUCUAGAAGACAACUCAAUUCCCUAUGGUGGAUUGGUGAAGGCUCCUAAAGUUCUUGCUGACAUUGUGGAAUCUGUGGCUGGUGCUAUCUAUGUAGAUGUUGAGUUUGAUCUUCAAAAACUAUGGGCGAUUAUUAAGGAUUUUUUAAAGCCUAUCUAUACUCCUGAAGACUUAGAGGCAGAUCCCCAACCUGUAACUCUGCUCUUUGAAGAUUGCCAGAAAAAAGGGAAGCAGGUUCAUAUUGAGAAUCAGGAAAAGGGUUCCACGUACGUCGCGAAAGUCUAUGUUGACCGUAGGCUUGUUGCUUCUGGCUCUUCGAAGCAAAAACCAAUCGCAAGGCUUAAUGCUGCCCGAGAAGCUCUUAUCAUACUGUCGGAUUCUACGGAUACCAAAAUUAAAAGGGCUGUAACUAUUGAUGGUAUUGAUGGUUCGUUUGAAAUUGAAGGGGCAAAGCAGAAGCUACAUGAUUUUUGUUGCAGGAAAAAGUGGCAGAGUCCAAGUUACAGUAAAGAAGUUCUUGGACGCCCACAUGAAAGAAGAUUUGUUUGCUGUGUUAAAAUUUCCACUUUUAAUGAUACGCACUCUAUAAUCGGAGAUGAGAAGUCAAGAGUAAAAGAGGCGGAGAACUCUGCAGCCUCUUUGAUGAUUCGUGAUUUACAGAAAAGAAAGUAUCUCUAAUUUCUAUAUUAUUCAAUUGGGCAUAAUCUAGCAUAACUGUAUAGUAAGUUUAUGCUUUCUGAUGCCCUCAUUUUCCUUGAAUAUCUUGGAGGUGGGUAUGUUGUAAACCAUGAUUCUACUUGCAUUUCUGAGUACAAGUUAUUGUAUCAAAAUAAGUAUUGGUUGCAAUGUAAAAUUCAAGGCAACCAGUUUAGGUUGUCAUGAUGUGUAAAUGUAAUCUAUAUUGUUUGAAAAUAGAGAAAUUUUGGGAUGUUA